AGUAGUUAUACGUUAUUUCAAUUGGUAUUAGUCCGAUCGAUUUAGUGAAGUGAUCCGCGCGUGGCCAUCGAACUGGCGAACGUUGUAUAUUUAUUAUUUUGUGGCUAUUUAUUUAUUAUUUAUUACUUGUUCGCCAUGUUGAAGGUUUUCGCUGUGGUUGUUUUUGGGUUAGCAGCAGUAUUCAGCCAGCAGCCACAUGACUACUACCACGUACUCCACCUACCUCACAACCCACCACUUCACCCCGUGCUGGUCACAGCUCCUCGCACAUCCUUCACCUGCGAGGGUCGCCCGAGGGGGUACUAUGCUGAUGUCCAGGCCGGCUGUCAGGCGUAUCACUUCUGUUGGCGCCAACAUCUAGUGAGCACAGACCUGUGUGCGAAUGGCACGCUGUUUAAUGAACAGUUUCAAGUAUGCGAUCAUUUCUACAACGUGCGGUGCGGAUCUCCUUACGAAGAUUUGUAAAUAAUUUAGUUUAAAAUGUAAAUAAUAUUAAAAAAUAAAUUAUUUAUUAUAGCUGUAGUGCUG